AUGGCGACAAUGAAUAAAGCUGCUAGGGCCGCCUCGGCAAAAGAAACUAUCAACAAACAGAUUCCUUCGAUCUUGGCUUCGAAUUCUCGAGCAAAAUCCGGUGUACAAAGAACGCGUCGACUUCUCGGCAGUGUCGACUUGCCGAAGUUGCCAGCUGGAGCUGGAAAAGCAGACCAUACUCUUACUAUCACGAUUCGGCCACUUGACACCUUGGAGGCUGCCCGAGCUAUCCACGAUGAGGACUCUAAAGCAAAAAUAGCUGUCCUAAACAUGGCCUCUCCAUUACAGCCCGGAGGAGGCGUGUUGCGAGGAGCCAGGGCACAGGAAGAAAGUCUCUGCAUGCGGUCGACACUCUACCCGAGCUUGCGAUCGGAAUGGUAUCGGCACAAGCCAGACACAGUCAUCUAUACACCAGACGUCCUUGUUUUCAAGUCCCCAUCACCAGAACUAAGUCUUCUCGACCCCAAAGAUCAAAUAUACGUCGAUGUCAUAUCCUGUGCAGCACCUAGACAGCCAGAAAUUAAACAGCUCGAUGAUGGAACACUAACGUACGAGGAUCCGAAGGAUGAGGAGGCCAUGGCUUUAAAAAUCAAAUACAUCAUGCGCACAGCUGCGAAGAUGUCGGCCACUCAUGUUGUGCUUGGGGCGAUCGGUUGCGGCGCGUAUCGCAAUCCUAUCAAGGAAGUGGCUGGCAUGAUGCGUCGGUGUCUUCUCGGACGAGGACGUGGAAAACCGCUUGAUGAAGACUGGGCGGCCGCUGGUAUCAAAAGUGUUGUUUUUGCAAUCCUCGACAACAGUCCGAAACAAGAGGUUUGGGAUGGUUUUGUGGCAGAGUUCUCUGGUUAUGAAAAUGUGAUCAUUGAAACGACGAGUUAA